AAAAAAAAACCCCCAAAAGCGUAACUCUCUCUCUCUCUCUCUCUCUCUUUAAAGCUUUCAAACAAGAAGAAGCAAAGAACUGCGAUACUCAUUUCUUCUCCAACUCUCUUUUCUUUUCAUCUUUUAUAAAAAUAAUUGAAUUUUUUUUCAAUUAUUUUUAAAAUAAUAAAAGUUCAUGUGAUCGGUUGUUAUUUUCUGAUCAGUUUGGAAUUUUUUUUACGGAUCGUCGUGAUUGUGGAAUUGUGUCGAUACGGUUUUUUUUUUGUUGUGUGUGUGAAUUGUGGAAAAUUUGGUGUAUGUAUAAUUGAUGAUGAUGGAGACGUGGGAGGGAGGGAGAGCGGUGGCGUUGGAAUUUCCGGUUAGUGAAACAUCGUCGUUUUCGCGUGUGCCGAGGAGGAUUCGGAAGAGGCUUCUUUCGGAGUGCAAGACUCCUACUGUGGAAGAAAUCGAAACCAAGCUUCGACACGCCGAUCUUCGUAGACAGCAAUUCUAUGAAAGUGUGUCGAGCAAGGCAAGAUCAAAGCCAAGAAGCCCUUCUAGAUCCUCAUCAAAUGAGGAAGACCCUGGUCAGCGCCUUGAAGCAAGGCUCCAAGCUGCCGAGCAGAAAAGCUCAUGGAUGGUGGAUCAACAGGUUGAACAUUUUGGCAAAGUCUCAGAUGCGCCUAGCCAAGUUAGAUGAGUUGCGGCAAGCGGCAAAAACUGGUGUAGAAAUGCGUUUUGAGAGGGAACGCAAGAAGCUUGGAACAAAGGUUGAAUCGCGGGUUCAGCAGGCAGAGGCAAAUAGAAUGCUUAUCCUUAAGACUUACAGUCAGCGAAGGGCAACCCAAAAUGAGAGAUCAUCACAAUCAAUGUUACGAAGGAUGGCUAGAGAAAGUAAAUAUAAGGAGCGUGUUCGUGCUGCUAUUCAUCAAAAGCGUGUGGCUGCUGAGAAAAAGCGAUUGGGACUGCUGGAAGCAGAGAAGAAGAAAGCCUGUGCUAGGAUUUUGCAAGUUCGACGAGUGGCUAAUUCUAUCUCUCAUCAACGUGAGGUUGAGAGGAGGAAAAUGAGAGACCAGUUGGAAGACAGACUGCAAAGGGCAAGGAGACAAAGAGCAGAGUACUUGAGGCAGAGAGGAAGGACACAGAAAUCUAUUCGAGUGAAUUGUACCAGGAUGCACAAACAAGCUGAUCUGCUUUCUCGAAAAUUAGCAAGGUGCUGGAGGCAGUUCCUUAGGCAGAGAAAAACUACUUUAGACUUGGCAAAAGCCUUUGAUUCCUUGAAAAUCAAUGGGAAAUCGGUCAAGUCGAUGCCAUUUGAGCAACUUGCCCUUCUAAUUGAAUCAAUAGCUACCAUUCAAACGGUGAAAGCUUUGCUUGAUCGUAUUGAGAGCCGCAUUAAGGCCUCUAGAGUUGGUGGUGCUUCUGAUCUCCUAUCCAGUUUGGAUAACAUUGAUCAUCUUCUCAAAAGAGUUGCUACUCCAAAGAGAAAGACCACUCCCAGGCCUUCUAUGAGAAGCAGAGAGGCUAAGACAGUUGCCACAGUGAGGGAGACUGCCAAAUAUCUUGCUAAAUCAUCGAGAUAUCCUGUCAGAGUAGUUCUUUGUGCAUACAUGAUAUUGGGCCAUCCUGAGGCAGUUUUAAGUGGUCACGGAGAGAGAGAGAUUGCUUUGUCCAAGUCUGCAGAAGCAUUUGUUCAAGAGCUUGAGUUGUUGGUAAGGAUUAUUUUAGAGGGUCCCAUAAAGAAUUCCGACAAAGAAUCUGGAUCUGCAUUGACCGAACGUUUGACCAUUAGGUCACAGCUCACAGCAUUUGACAAAGCAUGGUGCUCCUACUUAAAUUGCUUUGUGGUGUGGAAGGUAAAGGAUGCUCAGUUAUUGGAGGAGGACUUGGUAAGAGCGGCAUGCCAGCUUGAGCUCUCUAUGAUUCAAAAGUGCAAGUUGACUCCAGAAGGAGAUAAUACUGCUCUUACUCAUGAUAUGAAGGCUAUUCAAAGACAGGUUGUGGAAGAUCAAAAACUUCUAAGGGAGAAAGUUCAACAUUUGAGUGGAGAUGCUGGGAUUGAAAGGAUGGAAUGUGCACUAUCCGAGACACGGACUAAAUUUUUCCAAGCAAAGGAAAGGGGAAGUCCAAUUGGGUCACCACUUACCUCCUUUCUUUCUCCAAAUAUCCACGGUUCUCCUAGUUCUCCUAAUGCUCGAACGCAUAAUAGAAGCACUCCGACUCAGAAGCCAAACCGGGUUGUCCGUUCUCUGUUCAAGGAAGAUGGCACAACCCCUUCUAAAAGUCAUGGUUCCUCUGUGGCUAGCAGCAGCCAUUCAGAUGCUCAGUUGGGUUCUUCAAUUGAAAAGCAUAUGGUCACUGAGAAUGCAUUGAUCGUUAAUGAAUUCCUUCAUGGGCAACGUGUGUUUGUUGAUAAUUUCAAUGCCAUUGAUGAAGAUAAAAACAGCAUAAAUGCAAAAAUGAGAGAAAUAAUGGAGAAGGCUUUCUGGGAUGGGAUCAUGGAAUCCAUGAGACAGGAUGAGCCUGAUUUUGACCGGGUUAUUGAGCUUGUGAGGGAAGUGAGGGAUGAAAUAUGUGAGCUGGCUCCUCAAAGUUGGAGAGAAGAAAUAACUGAUGCUAUUGAUUUGGAAAUUCUUGCCCAGGUGCUGAAGUCAGGCAACCUGGACAUUCAUUAUCUUGGACGGAUUCUGGAAUUCGCUUUGAUCACUUUGCAGAAGCUCUCUGCUCCGGCCAAUGACGAUGAAAUGAAGGCUGCUAACCAAAGGUUAUUGAAAGAGUUAGCUGAGAUAUGUGAAGCCAGAGAGAACUCGGAGAAUUCUCCUGCCCUUGCAAUGAUAAAGGGUCUACGUUUUGUCCUAGAACAGAUUCAGGUUCUUAAGACAGAGAUAAGCAAAGCUCGUAUAAGGUUGAUGGAGCCAUUGUUAAAGGGACCCGCUGCUUUGGAUUACCUUAUGAAAGCUUUUACUAACUGUUAUGGCUCACCGUCUGAGGCGUGCUCGUCUUUACCAAUGACCAUGCGGUGGCUUUCAUCUGUCUCGAACUGCAAAGAUGAAGAGUGGGGAGAACAUCAAAAUUCUGUGUCAAAUUUGAAAGCAAAUGAUAGUUCAUCUCAAGAGCUUCUUACGUCCAUCACCCUUAAAACCGGUGGAAGCUAUAAUUCAAAAAAUUCAACCCAAAUUCCAUUUGUCAAUCCUAAUUCUUCUAAUGUAACAGGUCGAGAACAACCAGAAUGCAAGGGAGACAAAGUCGAUGUACUGGUUAGGCUCGGUUUGCUGAAGCUAGUAAGCGGAGUUUCUGGUCUAACACCGGAUGCUUUACCUGAAACCUUCAUGCUUAACUUCUCUAGAUUGCGGGGUGUUCAGGCCGAGAUUCAGAAGAUCAUUGUAAUAUCAACAAGCAUUCUUAUAUUUAGGCAAAUCCUCUCGAGCGAGCAAGCCUCUGACAUGGAAAGAACAAUAUCAAAUUGCACUGAACAGCUCUCGGAAUUCUUAAACUGUGUCGAAGAUGCAGAUAUUGAAGGGAUUGUUGACACAAUCAUCGGGACCUCAAGACAUGGUGACAAAGUAACAGAUGACAAAAACCUUCAGUUAAGGAAAUCUAUGAUGGCCAGGAUGCUAGCAAAGAGCUUGCAAGCUGAGGAUCCAGUGUUCAAAAAGGUAUCCCUUGCCGUUUAUUUAGCUUUCAGAGGGGUUGUAUUCGGCGGGAGCGGUACCCAUGGUAGAAAGUUAGCGGAAACUGUUCUCCGCCGAGUCGGGGCUGCUUCUCUAACCGAAAGGGUCGUGAAAGAAGCCAAGGUGUUGGUGGUUGCUGCCACAGUGUCUAUCGGGGUCCACGGACCAUGGUACGCAACCUUGAUUGGUACAUGUGAUUUGUGAAAAUAAUGGCAAUCUGUAAUGUAAAUAAUGUGUGUUUCAAAAUAUGGUUAGAAUGGAUUCUAUUAUAUUUCCUACGGUCUGUUCAAUAGAACCUAUAUUGUAAUGUAAAUAUUUUUUAGGUUUAUUGGAAAAAAAGAAGGGAUUUGUGUUGGCUUUUCUUUCUUUUCAUUGGGAAUAAGCCAAAAUGUAAGACGAAGUAUUUUAAUAUUAAUAAAUGUGUUUCUUAAAAUUUU